AUGAUGGCGUCUCGAGCUCCGGGGUCCCCGCCGCUGCCGCGCGUGGCGACGCCUUUCGGCUACGGGUCGUUGCACGACGACGACGAGCAGCCGCAGAGCGCCGCGUCCCCCGAAGGAGCGAGCGCCGGGGCGCGGCGCGGCUUCGCGCACGUCGAGUUCCCGUGGGGACACGCCUACGUGCACGCGGACCUGGUGGCGGCCGUGCCGGUCUUCACGUUCUACGCGCUGUCCAAGACGCAGCACGUCAAGUUCUCGCUGCCCUUCGCGCUCACCAGCACGGGCCAGGAGAUGGUGGACGCCGUGCGCCGCCACCUCGAGCUGGGGCCCGACAUCGCCGUGGCGCUCGUGCAGACGGACUCGGUGAGCAAGCACGAGAUCCGGCCACAGCUCCAGCUGGGCGAGUCCACUAUUGGGGCGGGCCCGGAACACCCCGUGCUGGUGCUGCAGACGCCCAUGGUGCAGUUCGACAAGAAGAAGUGCUCGUUCUACAUGCUCCUGCAGGAGAACAACACGCGCGCGGUGCAGGUGGCCAAGGGGUGUGGCUCCGUACUGGGCAACUGCGAGGUCGCGUGCGGCAUCAAGUAUUGGGAGGUGAAGUUGGAGAGCGCACGAGGAGGAGACGGCGUGUUUGUCGGCGUUGCAGCCGCGGAUUUGGCGCUGAAUACGAGUGUGCUGAGCCGCGGUGUGUUCUGGGGCAUGUCCUGUGCCACGGGACACAAGUUCCACGACAGCAUCGAGUACUACGCAGAUCCGUGCAAAGAUGGAGACGUGGUGGGCGUGCUGCUGGACAUGGAGUACGGGCGAUUGAGCUUCUACGUGAACGGGAGUAAUCUAGGCGUCGCGUACGGCGGCAUCCAGGCCAAACGACUGUGCCCAGUGUUCUCGCUGACUUUCAUCGGACAGAAUGUCAAGCUGCUGCCGACUGCAUCGCCCCCGAUGCCGUAG